AUGUCCACCAAGAGGGUUCUUUGCAAGUUCUUCAUGCAUGGUGCUUGCUUGAAAGGAGAGUAUUGUGAGUUCUCCCACGACUGGAGUGACCAAGCAAAUAAUGUUUGCACGUUUUACCAGAGAGGCUCAUGCUCUUAUGGUAACCGUUGCAGAUAUGACCAUGUCAAGGUUUCUCGUAACAACCCAGUGCCUCCACUACCAUCAUCAAGUAUCGCAACACGUAAUUCCCCAGUUCGCCCGCCACCAUCAUCAAGUACUGCGACACAUGUUGCAUCUACAUCUCCACAACUUUUAAGUUCUGGACGUCCUCUUCACUUGGGACACCAAACAAAUUCAAGCAACCAACGACAACAGAUAUCUAUGGAUAAGCUGGCAGUUUCUGAAAGUAAGCCUGCAUGGAGGAAUGAGGUCCAACUUGACAGUGUAUCAGAGGAUGGGAUUGGCUGGUCAUCCAUUCAAACUGCGCAAAACCAAACUUCCAUGAAACUUGCUGAUAUGCCAAUUUGUUCUUUUGCUGCUGGUGGUAACUGCCCGUAUGGGGAAGAGUGCCCUCACAUGCAUGGGGAUUUGUGUGCGUUCUGUGGGAAAAUGUGCUUGCAUCCUUAUCGUCCUGAUGAGAGGCAGGAGCAUAUCAAGCUAUGUGAAAAAAACCACAAGCGUCUUGAGGCUUUGAAACGUAGCCAAGAAAUAGAAUGCAGUGUCUGCUUGGACCGUGUGCUCUCAAAGCCUACUGCUGCUGAAAGGAAAUUCGGACUAUUAUCUGAAUGUGAUCAUCCCUUCUGUAUUUCAUGCAUAAGAAAUUGGCGUGGCAACUCUCCUACAUCUGGUAUGGAUGUGAACUCAGCACUGAGAGCUUGCCCAAUAUGCCGCAAACUUUCGUACUAUGUCAUUCCAAGUGUUCUUUGGUACUUCUCGAAAGAGGAAAAGUUGGAGAUCACUGAAAACUACAAAGCAAAGCUCAAGAUUGCAAGUACUUUGAUUUCGGAACGGGCACUUGCCCCUUCGGGACAAGCUGUUUCUACAAGCAUGCUUACAGAGAUGGCCGCUUGGAAGAAGUCGUACUGCGACAUCUUGAUUGUGAUGAUGGAAGUACACUUAUUGCUAAGAACAUUAGGUUGUCAGACUUCCUCGGCCGGUUGCAUCUUUAGGGACCUGCUGCAUAUAUAUCGAAUUAUUCCGAAGACAUCAGUUUAA